AUGUCGGCGCCCAAGGCCACAGCAAAGACUUCAUCAAAGAGCUCAUCUAAGACUUCUUCAAAGUCCAAGUCGUCCAAGAGCGACUCGUCCAAGGUCCACAAACUUGCCUUGAAGGGCUCUUCUAAAAUUGUUAAUGAAUUCUUUGAGUAUUGUAUCAACACCAUACUCUUCCAAAGAGGUGUCUACCCUGCUGAAGAUUUCACCGCAGUCAAGAAAUAUGGAUUGACUAUGAUGGUAACUGCCGAUGACCAGGUCAAGGCCUACAUCAAAAAGAUCAUGGGUCAGCUCAAGGAAUGGAUGUACGGCGGCAAGAUCUCCAAGCUUGUCAUUGUCAUCACAAGCAAAGAAACUGGGGAACAUGUUGAACGAUGGCAGUUUGAUGUUCAAAUUUUUGGAAAGGGUUCAAAGUCAAAGACCUCCAAAAAGGACACUGAUCAGGAAAACGCUGCCCCAGAGGCCAGCGAUGCACCAGAAGAGAAGACCGAAGCGGAAAUUCAAGCAGAGAUCCAGUCCAUCUUCAGACAGAUCACGGCCUCCGUAACCUUCCUGCCAAUGCUCGACGGAAAUUGCACGUUCAACGUUCUUGUCUAUGCUGACGCCGACUCCGAUGUCCCACUUGAAUGGGGUGACAGCGAUGCGAAGGAGAUCCAGAAUGGUGAGAAGGUGCAGCUCCGAAGCUUCAGCACCAGCAAUCAUCGCGUUGACACGCUGGUGAGCUACAGGCUUGCCGACUAG